AAAAAACCACGCAGUGACAUGCGCACUAGCAACUGAUCGUGAAAGUAUCAAGCCGGUUCCCACACAUUUAUAGGAUAACGCUGUGUGCAGUUGUCAGUGUUGUUUCUGACAGAGAAGGGUUGGGCCUCGAGAACUGGUCAAUCGUCAAACUGUGAGAUUAUUAGGAGAAUUUCUUGGAUGAAUUGCUAGACACCGCCGCCAUGUUUCGAAACACCCUGGCAGAUCUGCACAACCCCAGCGAUGACAUCGUGUACGGGUUCACACAGCCCGAUGGCCUGCAGGGAACCCGCCAGUUUCACCACUGGCCUCGUUUUGGGGUGGACGAGGACGUCCUGGACAUCCCAUUGGAGGAUUUGGGUCACGAGGGGCGCAGGAGACGCUCCAUGUACGGCAAGAGGCGUGGCUUUACACCGGAGGAGAGAACCAAGCGCGUCAUCCUGUGUUUCAUAGUUGUCAUCGUGGUGAUCGUGCUAUUGGUGGGAGGGAUAUUUCCCGCCAUUUUCUUGAGCAAUUACACAAAUUCAGCUGUCCUCUACUCAUCACUCACCGAUGCACGCAUAGAUGAAUAA